AUGCAGAGGCAGCUAAAGAAGAUAGUGUCUUGGAUGUUAUGUAUCGGAACUGCGUAUUGUGGUGAGUCAGUAAGCCAAGCCCAGAAGGAUAUGAUGCAAAUAACAAGCAUUCGACCAUACUCUUCAGUCAUCAGCCCCGCUGAGUGUUCUAGUUCAGCUCAGAAUGCCACCGAAGAAAGUAGUAAUUCAUAUAGUCAGACGCCUGAUAAGUCAACGUGCGCGGAGGAACCCGAGCUAGGAGAUCAUCUGAAGAAAACAAAGCUAUGGUCUACAUCACAAACAGACGGUUCCUAUCAUUAUUAUUUCAAGAGUUCGGAGCUUGUCUGGUUCUGGGUUUAUUUGAAGCCCGAUGUGAUUACUUUCAACAUAAAGAAGUGUCAAAGUUGCAACAGCAGAAUCUACCAUAUUACUCGCGAAAUUCAGCCAAAUGACAAUUUCACUCCACAGCCCAGUUAUAUAUACCGAAUUUGGAUAAAUUCUGUAUGUUCACAACAUAGGGCUGCUAGCAUCACAGAAAUUAUCACUGCCACGUUUCCAUCCGAUAAGUUUAAUAACGGCCAUAUCAAAAUGAUCAUCCAAUGGUGUUAUGCCACCAGUAUCCCACCUCCUGAAGAUACAAAGUCUCUUCUAGCUAAAGCUAAGGUUAGAAACAAUGCCUCCUUUUUACUUCUAGUCAACCCAACAGAGAUGUUUUUGAGAGUAACGAAACCGCAUCCUUCCGGACCGGAGGAGAGUUUAGAUAAUUGUAUUGGUUACAAAACACUUGUAAAUCAUAUUAAGUCCUGGUUUAAAGGAAUAUACGUGUUGAUGUUUAACGAUGAAUCAAAGACAAGCAGGGAUGCGCUGAAAGAUCCACGUUCGCGUGGGUUGUUUUACUAUCUCUUACAUCCCGAGCUUGAUACAUAUGCCAUUGUAUGCUUCACUGCGCGCAAGUAUGUUACGCUCGGCCAAAUUCUGCCGAGGCUAACCAACAUGUACGUAGACUUUAGUAUCAUUCCAAACAUGUUACAAAGACUUGUUAUUUGGAGUCCACUUAAUAACAAAUUCCAAGUUGAUUUGACUAUAUGCCCGGUUCUUGCCAAAGAAGUGGAAAUCAACCAUGGGAAAUGGCUUAGGAUUGCGGCUUGCCUGAUGAAAAAGCCAUUGGAAAAUAACGACCCCACAAUUAGCAGUACUCUUACUAUUACACUAUCCACCUAUCAAAGCUUCGAUCCAAAAACACUAACGAUCAAAAUUGAGCCAGGUCGUUAUAUAUUUAAUUGUUGUACCCAAUUAUCGGCCCGGUCUACUUCUCCAACCCCUGAGCUGCAAGCUUGGGUAGCAAAUAGACUAAUAGAGAUAAUCAUUAAAUCGAACCAAAGCACUUAUAAGAAUUGGGAUGUCCAGAUUGAUAAUCAAAGCCAGCUCUCUCAGCCCGCUUUUGUCGAGCUACUAAGACGUAUUCACGUAUCAAGUCCAAAUGGCAUUAACCAAACCCCAAUCACAUCACGACCAAAUCACCGGAUACAGAAUGCCCACAGAACUAAACUUAACCCAAUGCCAUACUCCAAAUCCGGCAGAAGAUGCCGACCAACCGCCCAAAACAAUAUACCGUCUAGUACAGCCCCAUGA